GGCUUCGUAUUGCCAUUGUUUUUGGGUUGUGUCCAUAAAUUUUUGAUAAACCCUUAAGAGAUAAGUUUUCUAGUUGAUGGAUGAUAGGGAGACCACGUCUCCAUUCUCAUCUUUGUACAAGAGUUCCAAAGUUACCUUUUUGUUUACGAGUUCUCAAACAACUCUACUGGUUUCAUCUGGAUAUCGUUUACUGUCAUGGAGAAGGUCACACAAGUUUAGGAAGUGUUACUUGGCCAAGUGUGUCUCCCAACAAUCACUCAACGGCGACUUGACUUUUCCUUCCAAGAAAUACUUAUUGUUGAAAGAUGUGCAACUGUUGGGAAUCGUUCCUCUCAUUCCAAACUGGGUAUUAUUGGCCUUGUAUGGUUACUUGGGGUUUCGAUUUUUUAGUGGAUUUGAACAGACAACUUACAACAAGAAUAGUAGAUUAGUGCUAAGUAUUUUAUGGCCUGUUAUGUUUAUUGUCAAUGAUCGUUUUCGACAAAACUUUAAGAAAGCUUUAAAACAAGGAGACGAUGAAGAGGAUGGCUAAGUUGUUGUUGUUGUUCUCACAAAGAAAUAAAAGAGAGAGAGAGGGAAAGGGAUAUUGUGAUGUAUAUGCAUUGGGUUUGGAUUGCAAAUGUUCAUACUUUGUGGUCGAUUGUUUCAUCAUUGUA